AAUAUAGACUACGAACGUGAAUCAAUUACUAAAAAUAUCUACACUGAGGAACGUUGUGUUCGAUAUAGAAAAGAAACGAUUGUUUGUGGUACGUCUUUUCCUUGAACAGUUUGUAUUUUCCGAAGAAGAUAUUCUAGUGUACAUAAUAUACCGGUUUAUCGUGCAAAAUUCGUGAAAAAUUAUUUAACGGAUAUUUUCUUCCCCGUUGAAGCUAGGCAUUCCUUAAAAAUUAGAUAACGUCUGACACCAAAAUGCAUCCGCUAGAUCCCUUAACCACCGUUGAAAUAUCCAAAUCAUCCGGACUCAUUCGGGAAAAACAUCCAAACAAGAAUGGCUGGAUUUUCAAUUCCAUCACUCUGUUGGAGCCGCCCAAAAAUGUACUGCUUCCCUUUCUUUCAAAAGAAGUCGAAUUAAACCGGAAAGAUAUGGUAUCAAUUCCACGGAAGUCAUUUACAAUUUUAAUUGAGAAAGGAACAGGGAAGGUAUACGAGGCCGUUAUAAACCUAUCUGACGAUACGAUUGAACGUUUUGAUGCUGUUCCAUCUGGUUUUCAACCAACACUAACACCCGAAGAUUGCAUUGAAGCUGAAAAAAUUUGUAAAUCGAAUUCGGAAGUCCAACUACGAUGCCUACGUUUGGGACUGGAAGAUAUGGAUCUGGUAGUUGGUGAUCCAUGGUCGAUUGGAUAUAACGGCGAGCCUGAAUUUGCAAGCAAGCGAGCCGUACAAUUAUUUAUGUACGCGCGCAUGUUCCCAGAAGACAAUCAUUAUGCACACCCAUUGGACUUUGUCGUAGUCGUUGAUUUGAACGCGUUCGAAGUUAUACUAAUCGAAGAUUUGCCAAUCCAUACGGAUUUCAAAUCAAAACGGGAAGAUGAGGUGGAAAUACCAAAGGAAACCAGCAACUAUGAUCCAAAAUUCUUGCCAGAAGCAUUCUUAAGAAAGGAUUUGAAGCCUUUGCAAGUGAUACAACCGGAAGGGCCUAGUUUUACCGUCGAAGGAAAUGAAAUACAAUGGCAACUAUGGAAUUUCCGAAUAAGUUUCAACUACCGUGAAGGGCUUGUUCUCCACAAUGUCUCUUACAGAGAUGGUAACAAGACACGACCACUUUUCUACAGAAUUUCUUUGUCUGAAAUGGUUGUUCCGUACGGUGAUCCAAGACCACCAUAUCACCGAAAAAGUGCAUUUGAUAUUGGCGACUACGGAUUAGGCUUUUGCGCAAAUUCUCUUUUACUUGGAUGCGACUGUUUGGGAACUAUUAGAUAUUUCGAUGGGAUCCUCAAUACCCACGAUGGAAAGGCGACGGUUAUUAAAAAUGUUAUUUGCUUACAUGAAGAAGACGCUGGAACUCUCCACAAGCACACCGAAUACCGAACGGGAAAAGUGAAUGUAACACGUUCACGUCGUCUCGUUCUCAGCUUCGUCGUAACAGUUGUGAAUUACGAGUACGCUUUCUACUACACAUUUUACCAAGAUGGCACAAUAUCGUUUGAAAUAAAAGCAACUGGCGAACUAAGCACAAAUUUGUUAGCAGAAGGAGUGAAUCCUGCAAAUUAUGGAUCGGUUGUGUUUGAUCGAGUGGCUGCACAGUAUCAUCAACACAUAUUUUGCGCUCGAGUCGAUCCGAUGAUUGAUGGCAGCGAGAACACUGUAUCCGUUGUCGAUGUAAAAGCCUUGGAUGAACCAUUCCAAUCUGAUACAAACCCGUACGGCCAAGGAUUCGCCAUAGAAGAGACACCAUUGAAAACGUCUCUGGCAUCUGUAACGGACAUUAAAGCCGAGACUUCACGGUUCUGGAAAAUUUCCAAUUAUUCAUCCAUUCAUCCGUAUACGCAAAAACCAGUUGGGUGGAAAUUGAUUUCUUUUGGUGGAUCGUUUCAGAGAUUACUUGCAGGACCUGGCAGUUUCAUCAGAAAACGAGCUGGAUUUGCUACGCACUCAGUGUGGGUUACGCCAUAUAACGAUAGCCAGUUGUAUGCUGGAGGAUUGUACAUCAAUCAAAGUCCAGGAGGUCAGGGAUUGGAGUCAUGGGUGAAAGAAGACAAUCCCAUCGAGGACAAAGACAUCGUUUUGUAUCAUUCCUUUGGUGUAACACACAUACCGAGAGUUGAGGACUUUCCAAUAAUGCCCGUUGAAACGUUUGGAUACACUCUAAAGCCAGUGAACUUUUUCUUGUGUAACCCUGGACUAUCUGUUCCUCCGCCCUGCAAAUCAGCUAAUAAAAGUCGAUUAGCGUAAGAUUGACAUAGUUUAUGCUUUAGAACUAUUAAAAUCGCAAAAUAAACAUAAGAAUUCUUUGGUUUA